AUGGGCCUCCCGGUGCGGGACCCAUCCCUGGAGGAGCACCCGAAGGUGCAGGAGCUGCGGAACCUCUCAAAGUGGUCCGAGGGCCACGUCUGGGUGAGCCCGGAGAUGCACGGCUGCAUCACCGGAGUCUUCAAGAAUCAGAUCGACUGGCUUCCCCUCAAUACGGGCUCGGUCCGACCGACUCAGGGGCGAACCUGUGUGGUGCUUCAGGUCAACGGCGGCAGUCAGAGCUUCAACGCGGUCAAUGAGCUGAGACGGCUUGCCCGGUGGAUGCGCAUGCCCUGCUGCACCAACCAGUCGUCAGUUCCAAAGGCAUGGCAGGAGUUUGACGACGAUGGAAGAAUGAAAGACUCCGGCUUCCGUGAUCGCGUUGUGGACGUCAUGGAGGAGUUUUACAAGUUCACGCUGAUCAUGCGCGAGCAUGCAGAUGCGCUGAAUGACCGUUUCUCCGAGCGCAAGGAAGUGGCUCAGAAGGGCCGGUUGCUGACGCAGGCCGAGAAAGAGAAGCUGAAGAACGAGGCUUCUGCUGAUGCCGGGUCACCAGCUGCCGGCAGCAAGAAGUAG